ACCGGGCGAGCAACUUGGAACUCUGGCUGGUCGGCCACGCCGCGAGCUCUCCCACGACCACCAGACCUUGGUUUCUCAGAACACACGCUGCCAUUGAUAGCGGGUUUAUUUGCUUCUUCUUGCACCUUACGGAGUCUCUAGGUCCUCUAUCAAGGAUCUUAGAACCGCCAUCGAGUCUGCUGACCCACGAGGACUUGAAACGCCGUCUCCUACUCCCAUUCCAUCGAGCUUCACCAUCCAUCGUUUACUGUGAGGCCGCACACGCGGUCUCCUGCAGUCGUUCAACAUGGCCGAAAGCGAGUAUUCGCCCAAGUUUGCCCCAUUUUUCUCCUUCGCGGGAAUUGCUGCAGCAAUGAUCUUCGGGUCGAUGGGAGCAGCGUAUGGCACAGCGAAGUCCGGCAUUGGAAUCUCGGGAGUUGGCACAUUUAGACCGGACUUGAUCAUGAAGUCUCUGAUCCCUGUUGUUAUGUCUGGUAUUAUUGCGGUCUACGGUUUGGUUAUUGCGGUCCUGAUUGCCGGAGACAUCGGACCAACUGCAAACACGAGUUUGUACACUGGAUUCAUGCAUCUCGCUGCGGGACUCUCCGUCGGUUUGGCCGGUGUGUCUGCUGGAUAUACGAUUGGUAUUGUUGGAGAUGCGGGUGUGCGCGCAUACAUGCAACAGUCGCGUGUCUACGUAGGAAUGAUUCUUAUUCUGAUUUUCGGUGAAGUUCUGGGUCUCUAUGGGCUGAUUGUUGGACUGAUUCUGAACUCCAAGAGCAAGCCUUGAUGGUUCUCUGGUGUAUUGCGAAGUUUCUUCAUGGCGUUUCCUGCGCGAUAUCCGGAAACGGAUAUCUGCUUUGUAUGCUAUAUGGUCUGUCGAAGGACGUCCAGCCAGACCCCGACUGUGCUAGGGACGGCGAUGGGCCGUACGAGAUGGACCGGAUUACUUGAUAUGAUGUUGAACGUCGAAGUGCGGGCCCUCGUGAGUGGCAAGGGGAGCGUAACUUACAUAUAGAUCUUCAAUACCAGACGGGAAGAUAUGACCCUCAGAUCCGUG